GUCUCACUUCAUCUCUCUCGGUCGUUGAGAAUAGACGGGUAAAUUAAUAUACAUAAAGUCGUCUUCAAUAAAAUUUUCUCUUUUGUGAGAUAUCGUCAAACUUGACUGCAGGAAAUUUCAUAAACUAUAUAUAUUUUAAUAUCUGAACAAAAAUGGCUGAAAGUAUGCAAGAUUUGACUAACCUACCUGAGGAUCCCGAUGUCAUGGAUUUUUUGCGGGAAUUAUCAUCCGAAGCGAGGAAAAUACUUGCUCAUUUUAUGAAAGCAUGUCCCGCAGCAGCAGUCAAUUUAUUUAAAGCGAUUGGCUUUGAAAAGGCACGAGCGAAUAUGGAAGCACUGCGAAAUAAGUUGUAUUCUGAAGCGGAAUCAUCAGUGGUGCAGGUUUUAGAAUAUUGCAAAAAAUGUGAACUUUUCAAGUAUUUCGAUAAGGAAACACAGGAAAGAAUUUCGCAAAAUGUGCUAACUGAGGCAGAGAUGAUGAAACUACUUCAGGAUGGAAUAGCACAAGCGGAAAAAAACAUGGCAAAUUCAUUUUUAAAAGCAUGUGCCGCGUCGUCGGCGUGUGCCGCAGUUUUACAAGCCGUCAAACUUCACACCAUUUGGGGGCAUAUUAAAGACGCGAGAAACUGUUAUAUGGAUGCCAAUGCGCGGACAACCAUUACUGAGAACAUGAAUAAAAUCGUGGAAGAGAUUGCCAAGAUGGAGGUGACGAUGGCAAAGUUGGACGACCAGGACGACAAUAAGGUCAACGUUCUGCUUGACUUGGAAGCAGAUUUGCUCGAUCUGGUUCAACUUGUUGAUGAGACGAAGGAACUGAUCGGAAAAAUUGAGGUGGAAAUCAAAGGUAAACGUCAAGUCUUAAUUACCGAUUCUGCCGCAAUGGAAAUGGAUAUCAUUGGAAAUUUGGUGCAACUUGGGACCAACAUGUUCCAGUUCUACAACGGUGCUGGUUUGGCUUCCACUGGUUAUAAAGUUGCGACUGGGCUUGCGGUGGGGGCUCACGCUGUCGUGACAGUGGGGACAGUGGUGACCAAGAUUUUGACGGAGAAGGAAAUUAAAAUUUGUAAAAGGGAGAUGGAUGCGAUGGCGGGAUUAGGACGAGAAAUUAGAAAAUAUAAGGAACAAAGUGUGGCCAUACAGAAGUGGGUAAUUCGGAAGAAGAGAGAUCUAAAUUCUUGAGCUGGACCCUGGACGUUCUUACAUAGAUAUGUAAAUAUUUAUGUACAGAUAUGUAUCUACAAAAAUAAAUGAUAGUAAAUUGUUUAACAUGAGUACCUGUAUAAUGAUUAUCAA